AUGUCAGAGAAUUGGGCGCUUGCGGUCAACACGAGGCCAAAUCUCAGGCUUCAGCUAGAACAAAUGUUGAACCCAUAUGCCUCUGAGUCUGAGUACGCAUCAAGCCCACCUGAGUCGGUUGUAGACUCCACCGAAGGCGACGGGUUGAUUCAGUUCGAGGGUGAUCAGGGCGAAAGCGAGCUACUGGGCGAGGAGAACGAUGGGAGCGUUGGAGAAGCGGAUCCGAACUGGUCCGUGCAGAUGACAGGCAUAGAAAACGAUGCCCAAGAGGAUCAGCGGUCCCAAGCGCAAUCAAGCUCGGACGUUGCGGAAGAUCCACGUGCACUGGUUCUUCGUGCCUGUGCCAAGUGGGUUAAUUGA